AUGGCUGCCAACGGCGAUUUUUCCGACGAUGAAUCCCAGCCGGGGUCCCCCAUGCUUAAUGCGAACGGCCAUGAUAACAUUGAAGAGCAAGAGCCCCUCGACCAAGAGGAGAAGCCCCUCAAGUCUUCGAUGAAGAGUGUGCCCCCUCUGGAUCAGCCCAAGCGGCCAGAGUUGCCCGAACAGCCAGACCCUGCUACCCUUGACCUGUCAACACUGACCCCUCUGUCGCCAGAGAUCAUUGCGCGCCAGGCCACUAUUAACAUUGGUACCAUCGGACACGUCGCUCACGGAAAGUCAACGGUGGUCAAGGCUAUCUCAGAGGUUCAGACUGUCCGUUUUAAGAACGAGUUGGAGCGGAACAUUACAAUCAAGCUGGGUUAUGCCAACGCCAAGAUCUACAAGUGCGACAACCCGGAGUGCCCUCGCCCAACAUGCUUCAAGAGUUUCAAGAGUGAAAAGGAAAUUGACCCGCCAUGUGAGAGAGAUGGGUGCGCAGGUCGUUACCGGCUGUUGAGACAUGUCUCCUUCGUUGACUGCCCCGGUCACGAUAUUCUGAUGAGUACUAUGUUGUCAGGUGCCGCCGUCAUGGAUGCAGCCCUUCUUUUGAUUGCCGGAAACGAAACUUGCCCCCAGCCCCAAACUUCGGAACAUUUGGCAGCUAUCGAGAUUAUGAAGCUCAGCCAUAUCAUCAUCUUGCAAAACAAGGUUGACUUGAUGAGGGAAGACGGAGCUCUCCAACAUUACCAGUCGAUCUUGAAAUUCAUCCGUGGUACUGUUGCGGAUGGCUCCCCCAUCAUUCCCAUCUCCGCCCAGCUGAAGUACAACAUCGAUGCUGUCAACGAGUAUCUCGUUUCCCACAUCCCUGUCCCUAUCCGUGAUUUCACUGCUUCUCCCCACAUGAUGGUCAUCCGUUCAUUCGAUGUCAACAAGCCUGGUGCCGAGAUCGACGAGCUAAAGGGUGGUGUUGCUGGUGGCUCCAUUCUGACCGGUGUUCUUAAGGUGAACGACGAGGUUGAAAUCCGUCCCGGUCUCGUGACCAAGGACGAGAAUGGCAAGAUCCAGUGUCGUCCCAUCUUCUCGCGGGUUGUCUCCCUCUUCGCUGAGCACAACGACUUAAAGUUCGCUGUUCCUGGUGGUUUGAUCGGUGUCGGUACUCGUGUCGACCCUACUCUAUGCCGUGCUGAUCGUCUUGUUGGUUUCGUUCUGGGCCAUCGUGGACGUCUGCCCGCCAUUUACACUGAAAUCGAAGUCAACUACUUCUUGUUGCGCCGGUUGUUGGGUGUCAAGACUGCCGACGGCAAGCAGGCCAAGGUUGCUAAGCUGAGCAAGAACGAGGUUCUGAUGGUCAACAUCGGUUCUACGGCUACCGGUGCCAAGGUCAUGGGCGUCAAGGCUGAUGCAGCCAAACUGAGCUUGACCAGCCCUGCUUGUACCGAAGUUCAUGAGAAGAUCGCCAUCAGUCGCAGAAUCGACAAGCAUUGGCGUCUGAUCGGGUGGGCAAACAUUGUUGCUGGUAACACCCUUGAGCCCAUUCUGAACUAA